AUGGAGGCUAGCCUUGAUGGACUUAGUGAAGUGGGCAGUCUCCAGAUGGCCAAGCUUGAGCCGGGCCCGGUGGAGCUGGGGUGGGUGCAAAAGAGAUAUUCAGUCGUUAGAGUUGUCGCUCCUGUCUGGUACCAGUCCCGGCACAGUGGCAUUCUGGUGUUGUUGAUGAUGUGUCGGCCUUGUGCAAAGUUUUUUUUGGUUACUAAUGUCUUCGAGGUACUCAUCAGCCCAACGGGAACGGCGAUUCCGUGUCUCGGGGACCUCGUUCUUCCCGGUGAAAGUGUGCAAAAUGUCCCCUUGCGGUUGGGAUCUGUUAGCGUUCGCUGGUGGAAGCAGCGGUGGAAGUUGAGACUUGCAGCUUCUGAACCAUCGGAGCGAGUGCGGGGGGAACUGGACUCCAAUUUUCUGCGACUCCAUCUCAUCUCUUCCAGAAAUCAGCCCAACGGCGGUCGCCAUCUGGAUCCGUUCAAUCGCCAACUCCAGUCGCCCUCUCGACCGACUUGCACCCCCAACUCAAAUUGCCGGCGUCCUCUCACCACCCUCCUCAGAGAAACAGUGACGGUAGCUUCAUGCGGCCCUGAAGACGACUCGCUUUUGGCUUGGUUCCUUCCGGCUAGACCGGGACCCCGCUUAAUGGCCCUCUGGCCGCCUUUUGCGGCCGCCACAGCCAUGUUGGAGGCUACCGUGCCUUGA